AACGUAUUCGAUAAAUACAUACGAAUGGAGUGAAAAUAAUCAGUGUGCUUUUCAUUCAUCAUUUGUGAAUAGUUCUUUGAUAAUUUUUUAUUUUUAAUUGUUAUAUAUUAUAUUAUAUUAUAUUAUAUUACAAAAUGUCGAUCGUAACAAAAGGUAUCUUCAUUGUUGCUGCAAAGCGAACUCCAUUUGGAACAAUGGGUGGAGUUUUUACAAACAAAACUGCAACCGAAUUAUCUGUUGUUGCAGCGAAUGCUGCUAUGCAAUCGGCAGGUAUAAAGCCGGAAAAAAUUGAUAGCGUUAUUUUCGGACAAGUAUUAACCUUGGCAUCUGCAGAUGGUGCCUUUUUACCACGUCAUGUUUUAUUACAAACUGGUAUACCAUUAGACAGACCCGCUUUAGGAGUAAACAGAUUAUGUGGUUCUGGAUUUCAAUCUAUCGUUAAUGCGGCGCAGAAUAUUCUAACAGGCGAAUCAAGAAUCGUUUUAGCCGGAGGUGCUGAGAAUAUGAGCCAAGUACCAUUCGUUGUCCGAGGCGUCCGUUUUGGAACAAUUUUAGGUCAGAAACAUGAAUUCGAGGAUGCUCUUUGGGCUGGAUUAUAUGAUACCUAUUGUAAUUUACCUAUGGGUUUAACUGCGGAAAAGCUUGGAGCACAAUAUAAUAUAACACGAGCAGAAGUUGAUGAAUUUGCUUUGAGGAGUCAACAAUUAUGGAAAACUGCAAACGAUGCUGGUCGUUUUAAAGAAGAACUUGCUCCAGUAACCGUGAAAAUUAAGAAACAAGAUGUAACAGUCUCAGUAGAUGAACAUCCAAGACCUAAAACGACAAAAGAAAAUCUAACAAAAUUAAAUCCUGUGUUUAAAAAGGAUGGUCUAGUCACCGCUGGUUCGGCAUCUGGUGUCUGUGAUGGUGCAGGAGCAUUGAUUCUUGCAAGUGAAGAAGCUGUUAAACAAGAAAAAUUGGUACCAUUGGCACGUUUAGUAGGAUACAGUGUCGCUGGUGUGGACCCUAGUAUUAUGGGAAUUGGACCAGUCCCAGCCAUACGUAAUUUACUUAAAACUACAGGUAAAACGCUGGAUGACAUUGAACUUGUUGAGAUUAACGAGGCUUUCGGUGCUCAGACUUUAGCUUGCGCCAAAGAACUCAAUUUAGAUUUGAAUAAAUUAAAUGUAAAUGGUGGUGCGAUUGCGCUUGGUCAUCCAUUGGGUGCAUCCGGUAGUAGAAUUACCGCUCAUUUGGUACACGAACUUAGACGUAGAAAGGCUGGUAAAUUAGGUAUUGGUUCUGCAUGUAUUGGUGGAGGUCAAGGAAUAGCCGUUAUGAUAGAAUAUCUUUAAGCGACUGAAUAGUUUUAUUUAUCCAUUAUUUUUAAACAAAUUAUAACUUCGUGAUUGAAAAGUCUCGAAUGAAUGAAAACAGUUAUUUGUGAUAUAUUGCAAUUAUAUAUGUUUGUAUAUAUAUAUAUAUAUAUAUAUAUAUAUAUAUACACACGCACACAUUUGUAUACUUAUAAUAAUCAGAUGCUAAUCAGCUGUUGCAUUUUGCAGUACCGUGAAAAUAGAGUAAGACAUUCGUAAAAUCUAUAAUUUAGAAUUGAUUAAAUUUUUAUCGAAGUUUAGAAAGAAUUUAGCCCUUCGCAAUAUAAUUAUUUUUUUUAUUUAAUAUUUCUGAUUUUUAUUAUCAUGUAUUUCACGUAUGUACAUAUAUAUUAUGGAAGCAAUUUUUUUAAUUAAAAUAAUCUACUUAUUUGUUUUAUUAAACUAAAUAAAAUAUCACAUUAAAGAUGACUCGCGAAAUCUAGAAAAAUAUAGUAAUAAUAAAUCAAUAGUAACAUCAUACUACAAAGGGCUAGUAGAAAGAUUAGAAUAGUUAAUUUUUAUAUUUUUAUAAAAAAUAUCUAAUCCAUCGAUAUACUUACGUUGACAAAAGUAUUUAAUGAUAAUGUGAAAACCUUUCCAGCGCUUAAAAUAAGAGGUCGAUGGGCCCUUAUUAUUAUUAUUUGUAACGCACGUUUAAAAUGACUCCCAGCAUUCCACCAAUCAUUGGAAUAAGCUGCUGUACUAACAUACGUAUUCUGUAAUUAUUUUCAAUUUUAGAAAAAAUAAUAUUAAACUAUCAAUAAUAUUUAAUAAUAUAAAAUGAUACUUACAUGUAAUUGUAAUUCAUUACCAUGCCAACAAUAUAUAAAAAUUUGAUAAGUCAUACAACACAUAUACAUGAGCAUACCAAACAGAAUUGCUGGAAUAUAGAUUUUCAUCUGUAAUCGAUAAAUUAAUUUAAAUCGUGAGAUAUAAUAUUGAUGAUUAUUUAGAUAAAAUGAAAUAUUUACCUGUGAAAUGUUAAAAGCGAUUAAACAAAUGAUGAUACAAUUGACAAAAAAUUGUAAGAGAAUCAUUGUACCAAAAAUAUUUUGUAUUUCGUUGAUGAAACUAUAUAUAUAUAUAUAUAAUAUAAAAAAAAUAUUUGUUAGAUUAAUAAUUUCUAUUAAUUAAUAUUCUAUUUUAUAUAACAUUCUAUUUUAAAUAAGUUAAGACAAACCUGAAUAUAACAUUAUUAUGUAUAACACAUCUUUUUAGAGUUUCAUAUGGAACAUCAUUAUAAUUUUUUUCUUCUUGAGAACAAUCGUUUAUAUUUUUUAUAAUAUUAAUUUUUUCUACUUGCUUAUAAUUCUUUAUCGAAGCUACAAUCUGACUCAAUAUUGAAAGCUGACAACAUGCAACAGUGAUAAGACCAGUGACUAAAGUAUCCAUAGCUACAUUAUGAAAACAAGCAACGAAGAUAGCCACAGUCUGAUGCAAGGAAGUAAUUUCAAAAGCUGGAGUAACAGUCACAUUGUAAGGAUACCAACCUUCCAUUGGUAAUCUUCUUGAUCUUCCAGCAAUAAGAUCAGCAAUGGGUGUAAAACCCCAACAAAGUACUGCCACUGUACCAAAACUUUGAUAAGCUAUAUGAUGAAAAAUUCCUUGCCAAGUAUAUUGAGUCACUGUACAUUUGUAUUUAAUAUUAUGUCGAGCAAAUAUUUCAUUUCUCGUUAUAUCUAAAAGAUUUUGUAUACGUUUUUGCCGAUAAAGAAUUAUUACUAUCUAAAA